CAAAAACAUGCCCACCACCAAAAGAUACUCCACAGCACUACAAAAAUAAAAAAUGGAUAGCAGUACUUAACAUAAUAGAUGUAGCUAGCAGGUUCAAGGUGAGUGUUCCUCUCAUAUCGAAGAAAAGUUCAGAGGUUGCUAAAGUAUUCGAGAAAAUUUAUGAUGAUUCCAAUAACCCUCUUACAUACCUGACACUUCUACAAUAUGAUAAUGGGAAAGAAUGGGCAGAACAGACAAGCCAACUAAUGAAAGAACACAGUGUAGUAAUUCGAGUUAUUGGUCUAUAUUCCCAUUGUG